CACUAGUUUUGGUCCCAAAUUGGUUGUUUCCAUUCAAUUUCACCUCUAUUCAGGUCACCUCUCUAUUAAAGACAGUAUACUUGUCAGUCCCGGGGUGUCCUAAAUAGAGAGGUUCUACUGUACUUCUUGAUCUGAGCUGAUCUUGGUCAAUGCAUGUAUGAAAAGUUGCCCAAAACUUCAUCAAAGGAUUUAUCAGGACAAUGGACCUGGACCAUGGAACAUUUCUAAUGCCUAUUUCAUCAAUUGUAAAACAUGACAUUGGGAUAUUGCCACGCUUUUCGCAAAGACCUAUGUAAGGUUGUACCCAGCUGACUUUAUUGAUUGGUAGACAUAAAUAUAUAUAGCUUAUUGCCAGGUUGUUUCUGCUGGUAUGCUGGUAUCCAUCUGCCACAACAGUUAAAAACUAGAGGUUUGAGGAUUGAGGAUGUCACUGACGAGUGCUGUACUGUUUCUGACAGGGACCCUUCUCAUUUUCAUCGUUGGACCAUGGAUAGAAGGUCGGCCACUGAACCUAGCAUCCCCAGGCAGCGAGGUCUACACGAUGAUGCAUUGCCUUCCCGACAGAUUCCUACAGCGGAUGAUCCAAAAUGGCUACUCCGUACCUGACCAGAGCGACCUUGACAUUCUGAGGUCACAGGACCGUAACUCUCGCCUGUUGACCUUGAAAUAUUUCGUAGAAAACGCAGUUGUGAGAAAAUCCAGUCCGUGCCAGAACAGCUUAACGGAAUAUCUCCUCGAUCGGAAAUCUCUUGUGAAAGGUUUAGCAUUGGUAGCGGAGAGACUGAGCAACUCGAAUGUGAAGUUUGACGUGACAUGCCUCGAGUGCGAGACUGUUAUAGAACUAUUGAAAGCGAUCGCAAAGUCCCAUUUGCCGCCGGAGGAAAUUGUUGUAGAAAGUUUGAGCUUUUUGUGCACAAUUUUUAAAAUUGAAUCGAAGGGGAUCUGCCGUACUGUUAUCAAGGAAUUCAAGGAUGAGUUUUUCUACACUGCCAGCCACCUGACGAUGCCCGUGUCGAAGGUUUGCGGUAUUCUCGUCCCUGAAUGCUCGACGUUUAAAAACCCGCUGGAGGACUGGAAUAUUACCUUACCAAACACGCCAAAACCACCGGUCGUAACCCCAACACUUCCUCCGGCCUCUGCUCCCAAGUUGCGAAUUUUGCAGCUGUCCGAUAUUCACAUGGACUUCAACUACCAAGUGGGAGCCAAUGCCGAGUGUGGUGAACCGUUGUGUUGUACGAAGGGGAAUGGCCCAGCUCCCACGCCAGCCCAAGCUGCCGGGAAGUGGGGCGACCACAGGAAAUGUGACAUCCCUUACUGGACUCUCGAAAACCUCUUCAUCCACUUAAACAAAAGUCAGACCUUUGAUAUGAUCUACUGGACUGGCGACCUCCCCUCCCAUCACAUAUGGGACCAGACAAGGGAGCAGCAGGUCUAUAUCUAUAAGAACCUGACCAAUUUGUUUCUGCAGUAUUUCCCUAGGACUCCUGUGUAUGGCACAUUAGGGAAUCAUGAAAGUGCCCCAGUCAAUAGCUUCCCACCUGACUACGUCACUGGAAAUCGCUCCAUGUCCUGGUUGUUUGAUGAGAUAGCCGUCAGCUGGGGGAACUGGCUACCGAAGAACGACACCAUGGCUUUCAUAAAGAAAGGGGCCUACUAUACCACGCUCAUCAAACCUGGCUUCCGCAUAAUUUCUCUCAACAUGAACUACUGCAAUAAUCAGAACUGGUGGAUGAUGAUAAACACGACUGACCCAACGGGAGAAUUACAAUUUCUGGUCGAGACGCUUCAAAAGGCAGAGGACAACAAGGAAUUGGUGCAUAUAAUUGGUCAUAUCCCGCCGGGAUCUGGGACGUGUUUGUCAACGUGGAGUUGGAAUUAUCAUAGAAUUGUUAACAGAUAUGAGAGUACCAUUGUUGCACAAUUCUUCGGACACACCCACACCGAUAGUUUCGAGCUGUUCUUCGAUGAAAAGAACGUAACACGGCCAACAAGUAUCGCGUACGUCGGCCCGAGUGUGACGUCAUACCCCGACCUGAAUCCUGGGUUCCGUAUUCAUACACUAGAUGGCGACCACAAGGAAACCACAAGAAUGGUCUUAGACCAUGAGACGUAUGUCAUGAAUCUGACUGAAGCCAAUUUGAGUGGCGUUCCUAAAUGGAAGUUGGAGUACACCGCUAAGGACGCAUAUAACCUCAAGAGUCUUCUUCCGUCCGAUUGGAAUGACUUGGUGAAUCGCAUGAAGGCAGACGACACAUUGUUUACAAAAUAUUUUCGAUUUUACUACAAACUGGCUGACCACGCUCCGUGCAGAGGUGACUGCAAGACAGGCAUGCUGUGUGGGUUGAGGUCGGCACGUUCCUAUGAUAAUACGUUUUGCAAAGGACUAUGAUGAGAAAUUCUCAUGUGGCCUCGGAAUCUUUUAACUGAUAAAACUUUUAGAUAUAUAAGGGACAGACAAGCUCCAACAAAGGACACUUGCAACAGAUACAAUUAAAGGGGUAGGCCUACACCGUUUGUCAUGACUGGUGGUCCAGGAAAAUAGAAAUGCAGUUAUACACAAUGCCAUAGUGCAGUUAUCAUGGAUACGAAUAUACUAAAACAGUUGAUGGUUUCAGUAUUUUGAGAUCGCGUGGAGAGGAUAUAUCAAUCCCUGUAUUGAGGGCUAUCCUGGAAUGAAUCAGAAAAUGUGCACAAUCAUUCUCCCUGAUGUUGAAGCCAAUAACUUGCCAGUGUUGGAGAGUCUUGAAACAGCUAUAUCAAUCAAGUUGCGUGCUGUGUAAAUAAUGAUGUAAUUUGGUGAUUUACAAAAAGAUGUUUUUGUCUUA